AUGGCGUCUGACAGGCGACACAUUAGGCGCUCUCGCCAAAUCUCUCCCCGCGCGCGCGGUUCCUUCCUCCGUCUAUUACGUGUGCCCGUGCCGACAUUCGUUGACUCGAUAUCUGCGCCUUUUGUGUUACAGUUGGGCUUCUUCACGUACUACACGGUGGCGAUGGGCGAGGUGAAUCCUUCGGGGCCGGUGCCGAUCGACAGUGUCUUCAUUUACAGGCCGGACAAACGGCUCGAGCUCUGGAGGUUCGCCUUCUACAUGUUCCUGCACGCCGGGUGGCUUCACCUGCUGUUUAACUUGGGGGUACAGGUGGUCGUGGGACUUCCCUUGGAAAUGGUUCACGGAAGCCUGAGGAUCGCCGCGGUUUACAUGGCCGGGGUUCUUGCCGGUUCGUUGGGCACGUCGGUGUUCGACACGGACGUGUACCUCGUCGGGGCGAGCGGCGGCGUUUACGCCCUUCUGGCGGCGCAUCUAGCCAACGUCCUCCUCAACUACAACAAUAUGGAAUUUGGGAUAGUUCGGCUCAUCGGCAUCUUCGUCAUCGCGAGCGCCGACGUGGGCUUCGCGAUUUACGACAGGUACGCGGCGGAGCAGAUGGGCCCGCCGGUGUCGUACGUCGCCCACCUGACGGGCGCGUUGGCCGGCCUGACGAUCGGCCUCCUGGUGCUGAAGAAUUUCGAGCAGCGGCUGCACGAGCAGUUACUCUGGUGGGUCGCUCUUGGUGUCUACGCCGCCUGCACGAUCUUCGCGAUCAUGUACAACCUGAUGCACCCGGAUUAUCCAUGA